GAAGAAGAAGACGGACCUAGACACAAAAAAAUGAACCCGAUUCAAAAAAUACAACAAAAUAUAAUUAAAAAUGGUGCGAAAUAUCUAAGCACCAAGAAAAUAAAAUACCCUACCGAUCCGGAUUACGUGAAUCAGCUGCCCGUUUUCCAGUAUGGCGUGAGUAAGGAGGCCUACAGACGCGUAUUUGCAUGGGGAAAUGCACAAACGGGAGCCCUAGGAAUCAAAGGUUUAAUUGAUAAAGAUGUUAUUGCUGCGUGGUAUCCAAAACGAUUCACAUUCGCGGAGCUGUUUGAAGUAACUACUGCGGCUACCGGAUUUGGUUUUACAGCGUACGCCGUUAACAGUGAAACGGAUGUGAAACUGCAUGGAUCAGGUCUUAAUACAGAUGGUCAGCUCGGAUACCAUGAGGUACAGAAAGAUAAACCUCUGGGUAUACUUUUUUACACCCAGCCUAUUUACUUACCAUUUAGUAAUCCUGAACAGAGUAAAGUUAUAAAAUUAGCUGCUGGUAGAGCGCAUCUGUUAGUAUUAACCGAUGAAGGAUUGUUUACAUUGGGUAACAAUGCCUAUGGACAGUGUGGUAGACAAGUAGUAGAUGAUGAGGACUAUUCUAAGAAUCAUUACAUCACUAAAAUCGAAAAUAUUGAUGGGAAAUGUAUUGUUGAUAUUGAAUGUGGACAAGAUCACAGCCUGGCAAUUACCGAAGAUGGGUCAGUGUACUCCUGUGGAUGGGGUGCAGAUGGACAAACUGGCUUAGGACAUUUUCAGAACACUUCUGAAUUUACAAAAGUUGAUGGAGACAUUAGUAAGGAGAAAAUUGUUAAAAUCUCUUGUAAAUCUGAUUUCGUUUUGGCCUUAAAUGAUAGAGGUGAAGCUUUUGGUUGGGGAAACAUAGAAUAUGGUCAGUUAACGCUUCCCAAUGAACAACAACAAUUAUGCAAUCCCACCUUUGUCAAUAAACUAGUGAAAGCUGGCAAAAUUGUAAGUGUUGCCUCUGGAGGAUCAUUUUGCCUUGCCGUCAACGAAUGUGGCGAAGUUUUUACAUGGGGCUAUGGUCUUUUGGGUGUCGGCCCAAUUGUUCAACAAUCGAGGGAACCCUUAAAAAUACCUGAAGUAUUAUUUGGGAGAAAUGACUUUCAACCAAAGAGCUUGGUUACCAAAGUGGUUUGCGGACUGAAUUAUGCAAUGGCUGUAACAAAUUCCGGCGAUCUGUACUCAUGGGGUAGGAACAGGAGCUGCUGCUUGGGAUUAGGACACGAAAAAGAUCAGUAUUUCCCACUGAAAGUAUCCCUAAGCGGACAUGUUGAUGAUGUAUUUUGCGCAUUGGACCAUACCAUAGCAAUUUGUAAACCCUUUAUUUAGUAA